AUGUAUCUGAGUAGCGAUUUGAGCGUGGCAAUUAUAAGAGAAGGCUUGGAAGCUUUGUCGAGCACUUCGAAACACAAUUUGAAAAUCUCAGAGAAUUCGUCGCACAUUCUUGUCUUCAAAGACUUGGCCUUGGCCUGGGUCAUCUGUUCGGCAGAGAAAUCGAAAAUCUCCUCGGACAACAGUUUCAAGAUCACCAUGUUAUUUUCGCAAACGUUGAAACCUGCGCGACUGGAUUGA